AUGGCUUCGUCGCCCAGCCACUGCCCCACGGUAACCAGGUCCGACCGAAAGGCGCUGAUGAAAAAUGCGGACGUGUCAGAAGAGAUGCAGCAGUGUUUGGUGGAGUGCGUUACUCAGGCAUUGGAGAAAUAUAACACAGAAAACGAUAUUGCGGCCCACAUCAAGAAGGAGUUUGACAAGAAGUUCAACCCCACCUGGCACUGCCUUGUGGGGAGGACCUUCGGUAGUUAUGUGACACACCAAACCAAACACUUCAUCUACUUCUACCUGGGCCAGGUGGCCAUUCUUCUGUUCAAAUCUGGUUCAAAGCAUAGACUGUGCCACACACUCAGUGAUCCAUCCAAAAAUAAGGACUGCAGCCUAAAUUCCAAAUACCAGAGACUGAAAUCUUUAGCCUUGCUAAGGGAACAGCUUGAUCUUUGAACAUUUAUUGUGUUUUGCACAGGGAAUUCUCUGUACUAGUUUGUCGUGGUUAUAAAACAAUUAGCAAAACAGCUUACAUUUGUAUUUAUUUUCUAUU